GGAUUUAUUCCAAAAAUGCAUCGUUUUUAUCACAUGGAGUAUUUUCUUCUACCAAAUGAUAUUGAACCCCGAAAAUUAGAUUUGGUAUUGUUUGGUCCAGUGGCUAAAUUAUUUCUGGAUACAGAAUCUAAGCCAGGGACUCCAAAAGAUGAACGAAGCAAAUCUAAAAAGCCAUCCACGCUGAAUAUUUCAGUAGUGAAACCAUGGCUUGAAAAUGACCAGAUAUGGAUUUCAUGGAACCACAGCAUUGAAAUUAAUAUUACCAAUGAGUUUCUAAUAAAGCUAAGGGAACACAGCAUAAAAUUAAGGUUAUGGGAUCUCAAGGAAAAGGUUUGUUCAAAAGCCAGGUUUUGUAAACUAAAGAGUAGCCUACCAUUAUCAGAUCAAGGAGAAUUUGAAGGUAAUGUCAAGAAUAUGGUUUUGUAUCAGAGACAAUUCUUAGAAAGUAAUGAAGCCAAACCCAGUGUCACAAAGGUUAAACCAGUAGCACCCUUUGUGCGAAAACGGACAGCAGAUGCUUUGUCAGAAUAUAUUACUGGUCUUCCUACUUCAGCUGUGAGCAAGCGCAUGGAAAAUGGAUCCAAGGCUAGUGAUCAAAAAUACUCUCGGAAAUUUAGUUUUUCACAACCUCCUGCAAAACCUGAUGAAUUGACCCGUUCACUGAGUACAGUCAGUUUUAAUGGGAGCAUAGAAUCUUCUUUUAAAGAAAAAACCAUUCAGGACUUUAAAGUUAUAAAACAGAAACACCGUACGUCCCUGUCUCGUAAACACUCAGCAUUAACAAAAACUGAUGGGAGCAAAUCACCUUCAGACAGAAAGGAAAGAGCGUCUACAGGUGAGUCUUUUCUUCACUCAGAGAAGCGGAGACCAUCACAGAAAAGUAAUAUUUUAAGUGAGAAGAAAUCAAAACAAGCCGCUCAGAGAACAGCUGAUAAAGAAGCAGCUGCCCUGGCAGCCCAGGCAAGGAAGUUUGGAAUAGCUGCUUUGCAGCUGGACCUUAUCCCUCUUCUAGCAGGUGAAUACUAUACAGCCAGUCGAUGGGAAGAUAAUUCCCCCAAACUUAAUGAAGCAUACUUAGGUUUUGCUAUAGACAAACCGAUUAUGAGUGAGAAACACAAACGUGACUUGAACCCAAUGAUUAUUAAGAUUAAGUCUGCAAAAUGUUUACCAAAUACUCCUGUUCCAGUUGAAGAGUUGCAGAGAACUUGCCUUCCUGUUUACUGCAAAUACACUUUCUACAAAAUGUGUCCUCAUUAUACACAAGGCCGAAAUCAUGGAACUGAUGUCUUCUUUAAAGAUAUCAAUGUGAUUCUUGUAGGAGCAAUAGACCCUGGAGAAUUCAAUGAAUACCUAAGAGGCCCACCUUUAGAAAUUGAAGUUCAUGACAGAGAUAAGAAAAUGGAAGAUCUCAAGAUGACACCAUCUUUGUUUGGAGAGGAACCAGGAGACAGCAAGCUAAGUGACAUAAGCAUCGUCACUUCGAGAUACAUGGUCAAGAAUACCAUUACAGCCAAAGAAAAUAUUCACAGUCCAUAUGGAAUAGCGAAAAUCAACUUGAACGAUUUACUGCUAGGUGAAAAAACCUUGAAUUUCUGUGCACCAAUUCACAGCUGCUCAAUUCAAGAUACAUCUCUAUCUUAUGGGCAAAAUACCAGUCCAGGGGCUAAAAAAACAGAUGACUCUCAAGUUGUUCAACUUUCAAUUGGGCAUUACAUAAAUGCAGAAUCAUAUCUUAAAGUGAGAGUUGAAAUAAGUGUACCAUUGGGUCCUCCAGAGGAAGAAGAUGCUGCUGCUGCACAUUGUCCAUAUGGCUGUAUCAUUUAUCUUUUUGAUUAUAAUAAUACAUCAUUAUUAUAUUAUUUGAUGCAACAGAUUACAGAAAUUAAUUCAGAGGCUUUCCUACUUGAUUCCUAUCCCAUAGAUACAACUCAAAAAUCUCUUAACACUUUGAAAUUGAAUCAGAAACUUUCCUUAGAAGAGAUUUCUCGGCUAAAUAUUAUUACUGGGUUUCACAUAAUCGAUGGGUCCAUUCACCUUCUUAUCCUGGAAGGUUUCAGAAAUAAAGCAAUUAAGAGGAUGUGGAAUAAAAAAAUUGAUAGGUUGCAUGAAACGGAACAUGGGAGAUUACAGAUAUUCUAUAAUUCACACUUGUCUUUUCACAAGCGGCUGUAUAUAGAUCUUGAAGCUAUCCUACUUCACAUCCGUCUCUGCAAGCCACUUUCAAGCCUCAUGAAGCAGCCUUUGAUAUAUAUCAGGGACAUGGUUCCUCAGCCAUGCUUUGAAGCUCUUUCCAGACUUGAUUUCAUCUGCCACAGUAAGAAGUUAAGGGAAGUGGUCCAUUACAGUCUCUUGCCUUCAUCAGAAAUGAUUACAGUGUUGAGUCAGGAAUUUGGAGUUCCCUUGACUAAAGCUGACAUGUAUGUAAGGGAGCCCCCAGAGGUCUUGGAAACAUACAAUAAAAUGGAAAAGCAUUCAAGCAUGAGACAGUAUUCUCAUUUGGAUAACUACAAUAAGAAGUAUGUACUGAGAAAAAAGGAACAAGAAAGUCAGGCACCACAUAACUAUAUCCAGACUAAUAUUGAAUAUGUGAACUUCCUCAAUGAAAUACUUGAACGAGAAAUCCCGAGAACUAUCAGAGCUUUCCCUUUUGGUGAAAAUGCUAUCUUUAACUAUAGUUCUCAGACUUUAAAUUCAGCUGAAAUUGCAAAGAAGCUACUUCAACAAGAAAUGGCAAAGAUGCCAGGAAAAAGAUUUGCUUACAAUGAAUAUCUGUCAGGUAUGUUUGACCCAGUGGAUGAAGACAGCAUUUUAAAAGAGCGUAUUCAACAAUCAAAGAAAAUGUGGUUGUAUCCUGGAGGGUUUUCAUAUCCUGGAUUUAAGAGCACCGCUGACUGCAACAAACAUCCCCGUAAGCCUGAUGAGGCACGAGUUAUUGAAUUAAGAGAGAAAUGGCAGGAGAACUUUUUCAAUGCUAACUUUAUGAAGCCAGUUCUGGAUCGGGAUAGAUGGAGAUGGGACAAACGGGAUGCUGAUUUUGAGCUUUACCGAAAGCCUGUAUUUCAAAACCCAGCUCCUGACACUCGUAGAGAAGAGCCUACGAUACAAGCGUAUUUUAAUACUGCACUGAAAGUUCAUCGGUGCUGCCCAGCAACAGAGCUUAUAUCUAGUGGACCCAAAGCCAGCUGUCAAAUUGCUCGCCUUCAGGGUCUCCUGAAGGAUAAACCAUUCAAGUUAUCUCUGAAGAUGCAGUCUUUUCCAGUUCUGGGAGUUUUAGAUAAUAACAUGGGAGAGAGAAGUCCCUGUAAAGGAUUUGUUCCUGGUGGAGACAUGCACCGAAGCUUGAUAUCAAACCACAAUAUUCCGUGCUACGACAGGGCACACGAUUCAUUUAAAGCUCUGAAAGGAGCAGAUUUCAGACUAAUUUGUCAGAAUCGUUCAUAUCAUUACAAGAGGUAUUCCCCACAGGAUUCGUGCUUAAAGGAACAUGUCUCAGCAAAGGAUGAAACAGAGAAUGCAGGUAAUGUCGGAAUAAUUGUAGGUAGUGUACAUGCAAAAGAAUUGGCCAAAGGUGCUGUACCCUAGAAACGAACUGGUAAUAUUUUAUUUACAGGUAGUCCUUGAGUUAUGAUGGUAAUUGGGACAGGAAUUUCUGUCAGUCAGUGAUGCACCCAUUAAAUUGCAACAUCAUGUGACCAUAGCAAUAGCAAUAGAAAUCUAGACAGUCCCUAUUGCAUUGGUGGGCUGUGCCUCAUUAAAUGUUAAACCUCAUU